AGACUCGUGGAACUCCCGGAUACCUGGCACCUGAAGUACUAAAAGUCGGUUACUAUGAAGACCAACCAGCUUACAGCCAGCCCGUGGACAUUUGGGCAUGUGGUGUAAUCAUGUACACUCUGCUUGUCGGUUGUCCGCCAUUCUGGAACCGAAAGGAGCAUCUGAUGCUCCGACAGAUCAUGGAGGGCCGUUAUUCGUUUCCAAGUCCUGAAUGGGAUGAUAUUAGCGAAACAGCCAAAGAUCUGGUAAGUUUAACGUGUUUCCAUUGGAGAUUGUUUGUUUGA